AUGAGAGAACCCUUAGUUGACAUAGAUUUAAAUAUAGAGUUAUCAGAAGCUGAUACUAACAAUGGAAAUUGGCAACAAGAUCAGGAAGCUAGAAUUAAUUUACCGGAUCUUAAUAUUGCUGCUCCAGAGUUUGUUAAUGAGUAUAAUCUCAAUCUAAAUUCUUCGACAACUGAGGUAUUUCAUGUGGAUGAUUUUCCGCAAGGCCUAGAUGAUGUUCCAUCCGUAGAAACCUUUGAAGAAGAUCGUUUGAAUACGGUUGACGAAAACAUAAAUGACGAAAAUGAGGAAUCGUCACAUCCACCAAUUGGUCAUACGAGGAAUUGGAAGAACUUAAGUAAUGACAAACGUAGAGCUAUCUACAAUAUCUUACUACAAAAAAGUAUCAACGGAAAAUUGAAGAGAGGAGUGACAAAGAUGGUGGCUUUACAAUUUUCAGUUUCCUUACGAACUGUCCAACGCAUUUGGAAACAGUCAGAUAAGGGUAGAAACAACGAUGUAUCUCAUAGAAGGGUAAGCAAUUGCGGUCGAAAGAGAAUUCAGAUUGAUUGUGAUCAAAUACGUGGGGUUCCUUUACAUCGAAGGACAACGUUGGAGUCUUUAGCUCGUUAUUUGAACACGAGCAAAAGCACACUGUUUAGGCGUUUAAAGUCGGGAGAUAUACGACGGCAUUCAAACGCUAUAAAGCCAUAUUUGAAAGAGGAAAACAAAAGAUCUCGUUUACAAUUCUGCUUGUCAAUGCUUGAAGGUGAUUAUACACAACAUGAUCCACUUUUUAGUGGGAUGUAUAACAUUAUUCACAUCGACGAGAAGUGGUUCAAUCUAACAAAGAAAUCAGAGCAUUACUACUUGUUACCCGAUGAAGAAGAUCCACAUCGCACUUGCAAAAGUAAAAACUUCAUUGCAAAGGUGAUGUUCUUAGUUGCUAUUGCUCGUCCAAGAUUUGAUGAACAAGGAAACGUACUUUUUUCUGGAAAAAUAGGCGUGUUUCCUUUUGUUACACAAGAGCCAGCGAGAAGGACUAGUGUAAAUAGAGUUGCUGGCACCAUGGAGACAAAACCGAUAACCUCGGUAAAUAGAGAUGUUAUAAGGUCGUACUUGAUUGACAAAGUCAUUCCUGCUAUCAAGGAAAAAUGGCCAAGGGAGGAUUCAAGAUAUCCAAUAUUUAUUCAGCAAGACAAUGCAAGAUCACAUAUUAGUCAAAAUGAUGACGAGUUUCUCCGAGCAGCGGUACAAGAUGGAUUCGAUAUUCGCUUGAUGUGUCAGCCUCCGAACUCUCCAGAUUUAAAUGUUCUUGAUCUCGGAUUUUUUGCUGCUAUUCAAUCGCUACAGUAUAAAGAAGCGCCUAAAAAUAUUGAUGAGCUUGUUAAUGCCGUUGUCCAUGCAUUCGAAUUUUUUUCGACGGCAAAGUCUAAUCGUAUAUUUCUAACAUUGCAAUUGUGUAUGAUAGAGAUUAUGCGAGCUAAAGGUUCGAACAAGUACAAGAUUCCGCAUAUCAACAAAGCAAUGUUAGAAAGAGAGGGUCGACUUCCCGUUCAAAUGAGAUGUGAUCGUGAGUUAGUACAAGAAGUUCUAAGUUUUUUAGGUUGA